AUGGCAUCUGCUGACAUUCACCGAGCACAUCGUCACGAACAUUGUUCGUGCGGAAAAUGGACUGGUGAAGUAUCGCAACACAUACCCAGGCGGGCCGGUGGCGUUCUUCGCAGACUUGCCCAAGAGACCUAUGUGAUCAAAGACGUAUUAUAUUUCCUCCAAACGCUACUUGCUGAUGGGGUCGUGAUUUAUCGCUGCUAUGUUGUUUGGCAAUCCGUCCGGGUUAUCAUCGUACCAGCCAUGCUGUGGUGUAGCGCCGCAGUCACUGGCACCUAUGGGCUCUACAAUAGUUCGCAAUUUCAGUCCAGUACUACACCCUUCCUCCGCGAAAUUGCAAGGUGGAUCAAGGCAUUCUUGGUCUCGACAAUUGCAACUAAUGUAUUGAGUACGGGAUUACUGGCAUAUCGAAUAUGGACGAUCGAACGCGAGGUUGCUAGAACUCGCGCUAGUAGGAAGGGCACCAUGAUGCCAAUAGUGCACGUGCUCGUGGAUGCCGCCAUUUUGUACUCUGUGGCACUUAUCGCUGUACUAAUCUGUUUCCUCUGUUCGAACAAUGGAGUAUAUAUUGUGGUGGACAUGGUGGUGCCGAUAAUAUCGAUCGCCUUCUACAUGGUCCUUAUCCGCGUCGCCAUCAGUAGACAUCGCAGUCACCUCUUGACUGUAGGCGCGAUCACCGAGACGGAAUAUAUAGGCAACAUGCAACAGUAUCCUAUGCAACCCCUGCAGGUCCAACUGCCACAAUUUGCACCUAAUACUUCAGCGUGCGAAGUAGGGAAUGUUCAGUCAGGUGCAUUAGCGAAGUAGGUGCGAACGAAAUCGGAGGGAGAGCAUAAGGGCUUAUUCUACGGAUUGUAUCUUUUGUGAGCGAAUAUCCAAACUGAAAGUGACGAUAGCGGCUAUCCUGAUUUUUUGAGAAGCUUUAGUAAUAAAUAAUGCAGGCUGAGCGGGCAACAGAGUUUGCAGCAUCAUGAUAUAUGGCCGACUCGCAAGUGUGAGAUGCGGAUCUACACGUACAGAUGAUUCACAAAGUUACGAUUUGUUUCGGUCUACCAUCAGAGGACAAC